AUGAGCACGCAGGAGAAGUUGGUUCAGCAAUUGAAACCAACCAUCAUUUAUUCACUAGAUCACGAUCUUCUUCCAACAGCUGAAUUUACUGCAGAAAGACUCAUUGCACAGAAUAAGAAAAACCUGGAAUGCGUGUUUUUAUAUGCACUCGUUCUCUACAAAUGCCACAGAUAUAAGGCGGCCUAUAACUGGACCUCAGACUAUUGUGCAACUGACGUUAAAUGCUCAUAUAUAUUUGCCAAAUCUUGUCUUCAUCUGGAGGAGAAAUCAGAUGGAAUAUCCAGUCUUACAAGAACCCUCCCGAUCUGGUCUGCGAUCAGGCAGGAGGAUGCUUGCCGAUAUGAGCCGGACCAGGUCUCGUGCUAUAUGUUAUUGGGGAAAUUGUACGGGUUAGUUGGGGAUUUGAAGCGAUGUGCUCUCAAUUAUGCUCAAGUCUUGAAAAUCAACCCAUACAUUUUUGAGGCAUUUGAAGAGCUUUGCAAAAUGGGGGCCAAGGUCAGAGUCAACCAUUUGUAUCAUCCUAUCAGCCCAGUUUCCGAUGUUCGCAGCAAUCUGUUUCAGUCGUACAUGCACAAAAAUUCUACAUCUUCGUUAUCAUCGUCAUCAUCACUAUCGAACGAGGACUCAGAUCAAGAUAAGCCUAGGCAUAAGCAGGGAAACGCCGGUGAUGAAGUGCACGGGGAAGAAGGCACGAACUUGUUCAAAACGCCAGUUGCAAAAACUAGAGUGCGAACAUAUGAGGUUGAUCCUUUAAGCGGCAUAGACCAGGAUAAGGGUAUUGCGAAUCAGCAUGAAGCCAAUACCAACACUCCAAAGGGUGCUCGCUCUUUGCACUACAAUGAAGAGAAACCAGCAUCGAAAAGACGCAUUUCUGAUUCGUCGAGCAAGUGGAGAAGCCGGAAAAUUGCAUCAUCAAUCACUUCGAGGCUUCUAAGUCACCCAUUCAAUGCUCGUUCCGGUGCGUUCAGUGAUACUGCCGGGUAUAAGAUGAGGAAUGUGGGUUCGCCUUUUAGGGAAGGUGUGAAAUCGCCGGUUUCCGGAUCAAAAAGGUCACUUCACUCGUUGCAAACGAGACCAAACGAGCGGUUUGUGACCGAUGAUCGUGUAGAUAGCAUAUUGAAAAGUAUGAACAACGACUAUUUAUCGUCCGUUUACUCGAAACUGGCCAAGGGAUUUAGAGCCAUGUGUGCAUACGACUGCUUUAGAGCAAUACGCAUAUUCAACAGUUUGCCUGAGGCAGAGCAGAACACUCCGUGGGUUCUUGCCAAACUUGGACGGUUGCAUUUUGAGAUUGUCAACUAUGAGGAGGCAGAGAAGUUUUAUCUUAAAUUAAGGAAGCUGGACCGUACUCGGGUAUGCGAUAUGGAAUACUAUUCGACCUUGUUGUGGCAUCUUCAGAAAGAAGUUGAUUUGAGUUUCCUAUGUCACGAACUUUAUGAAGUGGAUACGAAGGCCCCGCAAACGUGGAUAUGCAUUGGAAAUCUUUACUCAUUGCAGAAAGAGCCAGAUGAGGCCAUAAAAUGCUUCCAAAGGGCCAUAAGGCUCGAUAAGGGCUUUGUGUACGCAUACACGCUUCAAGGCCACGAAUAUCUUGCAAAUGAUGCGUUUGAGAAUGCCAUGGAUUGCUUUAGGCACGCAAUUUCAUUGGAUAGAAGACACUAUAAUGCCUUUUAUGGUAUCGGAAUGGUGUAUUUAAAGCUUGGCGAUUUCAUGAAGGCCGAAUUCCACUUCCGGAAAGCUGCUGAGAUCAACCCGGUCAACGUGAUUCUUAUCUGCUGCAUUGGCAUGGUACUGGAAAAGAUGGAAAAGCAGGAAGAAGCGCUUGAGCAAUAUACGUUUGCCUUGAAACUUCAGCCGUUGUCAAUGCUAGCUUUAUUCAAGAAAGCACAGGUUUUAUUCAGUUUAAAGCAGUACCAGCCGGCUUUGGAAAGCUUUCAGAAGUUAGAGGAUAUGGCUCCCGAUGAGGCAUCUGUGCAUUUCUUGUUGGGAAAGCUUUACAAUUACUACGGGAAGAAGAACCAGGCGGUGAAGGAGUUCACCACUGCUAUGAAUUUGGAUCCAAAGGGAUCUCAUCUUAUAAAGGAGGCUCUGCAAAACUUACGGAGAGAUUGA